AUGAAGGGAACGAAGGCAACUGCGCUCGCAAUCGCUAUAUUACUGGCGGUCGCUGAAGCUAAUAUUGUAAAAUUUAAACCUUCCCCUUGGAAGUUGGACCAACUAGAAGACAACAAUGAAGUAUCCAGUGUCAACUGGAAGUUGGAUCAGAACACUAACGAGUAUGUGAGCGAUGAAAUUAUCAUACCCACAUGGGACCCUACACAAGAUGCCAGCGAUAAAGUCAGUGAUGAGCCAAAAUGGAACUUGGGUCUAACAGCUACAGUAAACAGCUAUGUGGACAGCACCUUACAUCUAUUGGUUCCAUUUUUGGGAAGUAACGGCUUGGACCCCAUGUUAUUACCAGAGAUCGUAGAGGGAUUUGAAGUUCGUCUACUGUUAAUUACGUACAGCGCCUGGUUGAAGCUGACUGAAGGUAACAUGACAGGCCUAGUGAACGUGACCAGAUUCGAAGACCAGAAAGUUAAUUAUUUCGCUAAAAACCUCCGAGUUCGUGUACAUUUGCAGUUCAAUGACCUUGAGUUUAAUUACAAUUACCUAGUCCAAGUAAUGAAUAUUGGACCCACUGGAAAAAUUAUUGGAUCUUUGGACCGUUUUCGAAUUGUCGCAGAUAUUUUGAUCGAUUUUAAUAACGACGAAAUCCAUUUGCAAGAGUUCAAAAUUAAUGAUGUUGGACGUCUGCGUGUGAGACUACGCGGCAACAUUCUUUUCGAUUGGCUUCUAAAUCCCGUUAUAUCUGUUUUUACAAGGCUUUUUAACGGUAUCAUCAUGUUUACCGUCGAACUUAUCAUUCGUGGAGUCUUUCAGUCGGCUGUAACCGGUAUUAAUGGCGCUAUACGUGACGUCAUUUCCGCAAUCGAAGCAUUUAAUUGA